AUGGAUGGAGUCGACAUGCGACCUGUAAAGGCCUCGACGAAGGCAGCAGCAGCAGCCUUCUGCUUCAAUGCACUGCUGACGACCGAGGAUGAUGGUGUUUGUCUUACUUAUCCGGCCGUGCUGGCGUCGUUCCCGGUGGUGACGUGCCCCGAAGCGAGGGGCGCCGGGGAGGGGAUGGUGGGGCGGGAAUGCGCCGUGUGCCUGACCGAGUUCGGCGUCGGCGACGCUCUCCGGGUGCUGCCGCCGUGCCGCCACGGGUUCCACCCGGUUUGCAUCGACCCCUGGCUCGCCGGCCACGCCACCUGCCCGCUGUGCCGGUCCGACUUGGCGGCCGGCCACGUCAUUGUCAACGGAGUAGAGGCGUAA